AUGCGUGCAGCGCGCCACCCACGCCUGUCUCCUCCAGCACGCUGCGAGCGGUACAUUACUCGCUCACACACUCGCGCCGCACGUUCCUGCGCUCUGCGUAUAGCAAUAAGCAGCGUGUGCGCUCUUAUCAACGGACACUGCAUUGAGUGGCCAGUGAUAAAUGUCACGUCAUCGGUUUCUGUAAGACAGAGGCGUCCAUCUGUAUAUUCUGUCUUACUUAAUCAACUAGUAACUACAAACCGUAAACCGACAAGUGUAACAUAUAGUACGUAUCGUGUCAGGGAUAGUGUUUAUGAUCCGGUAUCGUUAAGGUGUCCCCUCACUUACUAA